AUGCUUAAAUUAAUUGACUAUGCAAAUGCAAUAAGAACAACUCAUGCAACUACUUCAAAUGAUACAUCUUCACGAUCUCAUGCUAUAUGUAAAUUAAUCAUUAAAAACGAAAAAGGUUAAAAAUAAGGCCAAUUAAUUCUAGUAGAUCUCGCAGGUUCUGAAAGAGCGUAGGAUUGUUAAAGUAAUGAUAAAAUAAGAAGAUUAGAAGGUUCUGAAAUAAAUAAAAGCUUAUUAGCACUUAAAGAAUGUAUAAGAUAUAUGGAAGCUGGAGCUUCUCAUAUUCCUUUUAGAGCUUCGAAAUUAACAAUGGUUUUGAGAGAUUCAUUUUAAUAAAAAAAUAAUAAAUCUAAAAUUGUUAUGAUUGCAUGUGUUUGUCCUUGUCAUACUUCAGCAGAUCAUACAGUUAAUACAUUAAGAUAUGCAGAUAGAUUAAAAGAAAAAUAGUCAACUUAAGAUAUUCUAUUUGAUGAUGGAAAUAAUAAUUUAAAUGACCUUUCUUUAGAAUAAGCAUAAAUAUAAAAAAAUGAUGAGUUUUUUAAUUAUAAUGAAAAUGAUAUUAAUAAUGAUAAUUUUAUUACAGGUUAAUUUAAAAAUGAAAUUAUUGAUUAUGAAGAUGACGAAGUGGAAUUAGAAGAUGAUGAUAUUAAUAUAAGACAUGAAGAUUAAGUUUUGUUUAAUAAUUUUUAAUAAAAUGUAAAUAAUGGAAAAGAAAUUAUUUAAUCAAAUGAAAUUUAUUAAUAAAAAA